GGCCGACGACCUUGCCGACUUGGACCUCGUGGACCCCGCGGAGCCGGCCAAGGAGAAGAGAACGAGGCUCAGCCAGGACGGCCAGGUUCGGCGGACGACGUCGUGCACCACGCGCUUUACCUCAACCAGUACAAAUUCAACCUCAUCGAUCACUACAAGGACCGCCCUCGCUGCCCAGAGGGGCAAGCUCGCGCCGCCCGAUGGGCUGGAGGAGGGCCACAGGAGGCUGCUGGAGGGGCAGAUCAGGCAGCUGCGGGCCGAGGUGCGGGCGCUGCGCGCGCCCGCCGCGGUGGCGCACCGGCAGUCCGUGCAGCUGCUGCAGCGGGCGCGGGCGGUGCUGGCGAAGCGGAGGGCCGCGCUCGGGGACAAGGAGGCACAGCUGGCCAGGCUGUCCGCCGGCAUAGCCGCUGACAGGGCUUCGCUGGCGUGCGCGGAACGGGAGGUCCGGGCGCUCCAGGCGGAGGUCGCCGAGGCGGCCCGGGCCGCUUUGCCCGGGGGCGCAUUGGAGCUGGGCCAGGACGUCCUGGACGACUAUCCUGGCCUCAAACUGUAUGCCGCGGAGCAGGCCGACGAGUGGGAGGCGUUCUGCGCACGCCUGCGGGGGCUGACGGUAGCGCUGCCGCCCACGGCAGGACGUGGCGACGAGGACAUGGCGCAGGCGCCGGCGGGCAACGGCCGCGUCGCGAGCGACCAACCCGUCGCCUUCGCCACGGCCGCGCGGCGCCAAGGCGCGCCCAAGCGCGAGCCGGAGGCGCCCGCCGGUUUCACCCGGGAGGAGCUGGAGCGCCUCUUCGCCGCGGCGCAGCAGCAGGGCGACGCGGGGGCCCCAGGGGCGGAGGAGCCCGACGAGGGUGCGCUCGAGCGGCUCCGCCAGCGCUUCCUCGCCCUCGCCGCCGACAUCUCGGAGGCCAAGCGCCCGCGGCGGGGCUGACGCGGCCCCCGGCCCGCGGCGCGCCCCCCCCUGGCCCGUGGCCAUUUUGGCUCAAGGUCUGCAGCCAUUUUGGCUCAAGUCACCUUUCCACGAGCUGGGCGUUCGGCGCAACGGCCGAGGCUCCAUGACAUCGAACAACAACGG